GGGGUGGACUGACCAUCUGGAAACUCGGGCACUGCCCGAGGGCCCGGGGUCAGUAGGGGGCCCCCUAUGAGAUGCCCCUGGUACCUUUUCUCAUAGGCUUUUUUGAGUUUGGGCAAGGACACGGGCCCCAUGAUCCCCUAUUGCCCGGGGGCCCCAUGAGUUGUCAGUCCGCCCCUGGAUGGGAUGACAUUGCGCUUCACUAGAAGAUCAUUUUCCAGAGGAUCAGAUUGAAUGACAAUUGAGUGGAAACGGGCAAGUG